AUGUCUACAAUAACUACCUCGUCUACAUUGAGACGAUCUGCUCGACAGUCAACAAACUCUACAAAUAAUACUACAUCCAAUACUGAUACAAAACUCGCUUCAAAUCAAUCAUCGGUCUCGGUAUUGCCUUCUUCUGAAUCCAAUUCUGAUAACUGUCAAAAUAAUGAUAUCAUUCCCAAAAAAAAUCGAAACAUAAAUUCGAAAGUAACGAUUCAAAGUUUACCAAGUUCUGAUUCAAAUGAUCAUAGCGACAUGGACUCUGUCGUAGCAUCUUCAUCGAAUGUUACUCGUAAACGAAAAGAAGUACCACAACAAAAAAACGUAAAGAAGCGUAAGAUCGACGAAAGUUUUACGAAUAAUCCAACAAGAAUUGCACCGACUACUUAUGAAUCGGAUACAGAUGAUGAUCAAUCUAUUCAAUUAGGAUCUUUUAAAGUGUCUUCAGUUUGGCAAUAUGCAACACGAAAUUAUAAGAAAUUUGCACAAUGUACUUUAUGCGACAAACGCAUCUCAACAAGUAAUUGGUCUACAACAUAUCUUCGUCAACAUCUAAUUAAAAAACACAAUAAGACAGAUUUAAUUAUACCAGAUGCACAAAAAAAUAAUAAAUCAUGCAAAGUUGCAAAAAACGUACGAGAUAAAUUACACCAAUUGGCUGUCGAAGCUAUUAUACGUGAUGGUCUUCCUUUCAAUGCAUUUAAAAAGCCAGGUCUUUCAAAAUUAAUUGAAGAGGCGACGCCAGGUUAUCGACCUCCUCACCGAAACCAUAUUACUCGACAUAUUAAACGACUUGAACGUGAUCAUCGUUCGAAACUAUUUGAACAAUUAAAAAGUGUUGAUCACAUUUCUAUAACAACUGAUUUUUGGAGUAAUCGAAGCAAUCGCUGCUUCCUUGUAAUAACUGGCCAUUAUUAUAAACCUGAUUUUGAAUUAAAAUCUCAAGUUCUUGACUUUUCAUCAUUUGAUCAACGUCAUACUUCUAGUGAAAUAGCCAAAAUAAUUACAUGUAAAUUAAGAAAAUUAAAUAUUUUGCAUAAAAUUAGUCGUAUUGUAUGCGAUGGUGCUCCAAAUUUAGCAAAGGCAAUUGAUGAAAUGAAUAUUAGUGCAAAGCGUAUAUGGUGCAUUGCACAUAGGCUCCAUCUUGUUCUAACCAACGGCUUAGCUCUUUGGCCUAAGAAGUCAAACAAUGCUGGUAACUCAGGUGAUGAUGAAGAACCUGAAUAUAGUAAUAUGGAUGCCGAUAAUGAUACUAUGCUGAACAUGAACGAAGAUACUUUACAAGAUCAACCAGAAAGUGAAGAUGAAGCUAUUGAUCAACAAGAAAGUGAAGAUGAAGAAAGAAUGAAUGACAAUGAAGAGGAAGGAGAGAAAGAAGGUGAUGACACUAAUUCGAUAAUGGUCGAAGACGAGUUUGUUUGUACAAACGAUAAUGAUAAAUUGACUGAUAACUGGGAAGAAAAUGUUGAAACUGAUUCUUCUGAUCCUUCCUUAUUACUUCAUCAAAAAACAAUUUUAUCAUUGAUGAAAAAAUGCCGUACGUUAUUGACAAUGAUAAAGAAAUCUACUACUUUAACAAUGUAUACGGUUCGUGAACGUAAUAAGUCUAAACUCAACCGUAGUGCCAUUCCAGAUGUGUGUUCACGUUGGAACUCUACAUUUGCAAUGAUUGACUCAUUAAUUGCAUUACGUACCAUUUUUGAAAAAUUAUUCAAUGAUAAACACAAUUUAAAUAUUAAACCCCAACAAAUUGAAAAAUUGAACCAACUUGAAAUUUCUAGUACAGAUUGGAAUCAUUUCAGUCAAUUACAUGGUGUAUUACAAAUUUUUUCUCAAUCUACAGAACUAUUAUCUGGUAAAGCUUAUCCAACAAUUGGACUUGCCUACUUCUUUAUAUCAAGAUUAAAAAUGUUUUUAAUGAAAGAUAAGGAUGACAAUGCAUUUGUCAAGAAACUGAAACAAUUAAUAUUAUCCAAAAUGAUAUUUUAUUUUGAUCAAGAUGUUGAUCAAUUAGAUCUGCUAAAAUUUCACAGUUAUUUGGAUCCAGAUGGUUUUCGUACAUUGCCUGAUGCAGAAAAACGAGCUAUAGAACUCGAAAUAAAACAAAUGUUUGCUGACAAUUUAUUACAUAUGGAUCAUUCACCAUCAACAUUAUCUUCUCAACAUUCUUCAAAAUUUUCAAACACAGCUACAACUACGACAAUAACUUCACAUACGGCGAAUAAAUUAUUAACAUCGAAAUCUAAUAAUAACCGUAAACCUACAGCUAUGGAAUCAUUUCUUGAUGCCGUUGGUGACGACACAGUUCUUACAAGUAAUUCCAGUCAGCGCUCAACAAUAGCCGAAGAACUAUACAACUACCGAUUAUUAGUUACCAAGUUCAAUUUUAAACGUGAACCGUCAGCAUCAUCUUCUUCGAACUUCUGGAAGAGUUAUUCGAUGAAUUUUCCUUAUCUUUGUCCAUUGGCGAAACAAUUACUGUGUACACCAGCUACAAGCGUACCUUCAGAGUCAGCCUUCUCCAUGUCAUCAUAUCUUGGUCGGAAAGAACGAGCAAGAUUGUCUGGAGAGAACCUCGCUGCAUCUAUUUUUCUAAAAGUAAGUUCUAAAACUUCAUUAUGCGUUGCGUGA